GACAAAGCACGGAGGGUGAAGUCUCUCCUAUUUGGUAGAACUUGGUGGAACUUACGGUGAGGAAUGCUGGGAGCAGUGCUUCUUGGUGGAACCAAUCCUAGAAAAUCCUAUUUGGUAGAACUUGGUGCUUCUUCUCAAGAAAGGCUUUGCUAGUCCGCGGCUUCUCAUCCAGAAUUCUGAUGAAGGAGGACAAGUAUGGUCAUCCCAACCUAUGCUCAACUUAUGCAGCUGUUGCCAAUAAGGCAGUUACCCAAAUCCGAUGUCAAGCAAUGGUGCCUGGCCCUCAAAUCUCCAAGAAAAUACUCCUUCGGCGACGGUCGAGAUCGAAAGACGCCCAUCUGAUGCCCGUUUGUGCAGCCUUGUUCUUGCCUUCGUUGGUUCAAGGAUUGCAGGACAUGUAGCGAGUCUCAGUCCUGAGUCCCAUGGAAGAAGGUGAGACCGCAGAUCCGAAGGAAAAGGAAGAACGAAGAGGAAGUGUCUCCGAUGCGGUUCAGAACACGGUCACCGAGUGGUUGGAGGCUCUUGUGGAGAUCCAGGACAACCUCUUAAGACUACCCUUCCUGGCGGUUCUGCUUCCAACCGAGCAUGACAAGAAGGCAUGGGACAUCUUCAAGGAACUCUCGAAACAGGGGGUUGGUAUUGAGAUCGCCGCUCACACCAGCUAUUUGAACCGUCCCCGCACCCUUUGGGUACUGGAUUGGGAGACCCUGGAAAGGGAUGAUGCCAUCACACCGGCACACUACUUGAAUCGUUUGGUGCACCUGAUCAGUGAAGAGACUCAGUCCAUUCGUCCCAACUACGGACCUUGGAUGUGGCCGUUGCACGAUGGCGAUGUUUGUUCCUCCAUUGCGCUGAGUGAGAUGAUGGAUCCCAAGAGUCAGUGCUGGCGCAAAGUCGCUUGGGCCUUACGCUUGGUGCCCCCGGAGCACGGCAGCGUCCUGGAGCGGUGCUUGUUGGAGCACUAUGGGCGGGAGACGGGGUACGUCUUCGCGUGGGCGAACCUCUUCACGCGGGGCAUGUGGUGCUUGGCCUUGCCCAUGUUGAUCUAUGGCGUGGUGAAUGUGGGCCCGGCCAAAGCGGGAGUCGACUCUAUUCCAUGGUACAGCUUACAGCUGCUGACCAUUGCCUGGGGCAUUUGCUUGACCAUCUUCGGUAGCUCUCGUCGUUCCGUCCUGCGCAGUGGUGCCGGCUUGCGCCGCCCGGUGAAGGCUGAACAGAUGGCCUUGACACCGGAAGACGACGACAAGGACACAACUGCAAAGACCGUCCAAGGAACUACUCUGGAAGUUCAAGAUCUCUCCCUUCCCCACCAGGUGAAUUCCGAAUCCCUUCCAGUGGCUUCACGGCCCGAGGGUGCCGACAGCACGGGCGCCGCCGGUGUCGCCGCCGUCACCGGUGCGACGACGGCGGUGCUGCCCACGGCGUCCGCGAAGAAGAAGAUCCGUGAUGCGAAGCUGGUGCCCAAGCACAUCAUGGAAGUCAAGGUACAACAUCACAAGAUCGACAAGUCCCGACUACAGGAGCUGUUUGUGGAGAGUGGACCGGAGAGCAAGCAGAAGGAGGCCAAGGAGAUGCCCGAUUACCGCAUCAAUCCGGAGUAUGUGCCCGAGGAUGCCCCUUGGCGGCGCGUGACGUGGGCGACGUUGGUGACGGUCUGCAGCUUGACAGCUUUUUUGAGCCUGGCGGCGUUGGUCUUGAGCUUGUUGCUGCAGUUGAAGUCCUAUCUGAUUUUUGAGUGGGGUGAGUGUAUCCGGCGUCAGUGUGACAAUGCUGGGGAGAAAUGGGGUUUCUCGGCCGUCCUUGUGGACAUUGCCGUCGACAUUCUGAUGGCGCUGGUCUUUGUCGUUGGGCUUGGAGAGGCCUGCAAAGCUCUUUCUUUCCAGCUCGCCAGGCUUUGGAACUUCAAGAAGAUGCGACGGCGCAUUCAUGUUCAGACUUUGAUCAGUCUCUGCAUCGAAGUCAUGGCCAAGGUGGGGCUCUUCGCUCUCCUGGCCUUCAGUUUCCUUCCCUCCUGGUCGGAAGUCUCAGUCAAUGGCUCCACCGAGUUGCCCGAGGUGGUCUGCAAAGGGAACAUCGACUACGACCUCUGCCGCGCAGUGGGCAGCUGCGACGCCUCCGGGGAUCCCUACUGCUGCUCCGGCACCUUGAGCUGCGCGCGACAGCUGUUGCCCUUCUCGGCGCGACGGAGCUUGUUCGAGAACUGGCUGGUGGGACCCUUCGUCGUCGCGCCCUUCGUGGAUUUCAUCCCGGCGGUUCUGGCGCCCUUGUUGACGGAACACCUGGCCGACCUGGCUGAUGCGGGCGCGACCCGGCGCUGUGGCAAGUGCUGCUGCUUUUUUUGUGGCUGGCUGGCCCGAUUCUUGGCCUUCAUUUUUGUCCUAGAUGGCGAAGUGACGGGCAUUCGCUAUGUUUGCCUUGGGAGCACCUUUGGGCGUCCUACUCCCUUCCACACCGAUGCCCAAGAUGAUGAAGGUCAGGGUGAGGCCGUGGAUUACUUGGCUGGCGCACUCGACCAAGCGGUUCUGCGACCCUUUGACGCGAUGGAGGAGCUGAAAGAGUUGAAGUUGAACUUCUUCUUCGUGCUUCUCUUCGCACCCUUGAAGCCUAUCCUGGUGCUCCCCACGUUGCUGGCGCGCCUGAUCGAGGUCCGAGCCAAGUUGCAGAAGCUCUUCAUGGUGAAGCGCCGCAACAUCCCGCGCGACGCGCGGCUGGUGCAUAGACCCCAGGAGUUCUUUGCGGUCUUUGCAGUGACCAGCAGCUGCUUUUGGCACAUCGGACUAGCGACCACGGCUUAUAAUGAUAGACUUUACGAAUGGCACACUGGUAGCCUGGCAGCAGUCUGGCUUGGCGGUGGAGUUGUUGCCGCGGUACUUGUUUUCGUUCUCUAUCGACUGACUGACAAAGGGGACUGAAAUUUGACACUGGCAAAGUUCCAGAGAUGCUUUCAGGCUUGAUGCAGAUGAGAACCAGGUGGCAGGGUAGAGCACACGCGACCUAACCUUUUCUAUUAUCCUUUUAUACCUGCUACCUUUAGUCCUUUUGUUGUGGACUGGUCUACCCUGGAAUUCCCGUGGUCAUCAGGCAGAGCUACCUUGUUUCGCAAACCGAUGGUAUCACAGUAGUUCUGCGCGUCCGGAGCCAAUUGCUGCUCUUCUGCAAAAUGCAGAUCGGAAGGACGCGCACAUGGGAACUCAGAGUGACGCAAAUCCUGCGCCGAA